AUGCAUCUGUGGCACGGUUUCAAUAGUUGUGGCUUCGCCUUCUUCAUCCUGUUCUUGGGUCUGCUUCUCCCAAGUAUCACAGGAAGGGAACUGAAGUAUGUUGUCUUGGUAAGCGUGAGGUCUUCUUUUCAUUGCUAACAAUGACCUUGACAGUGUUGAUCUUUGCUGUUCUUCUUUCUAAAUUAUGUUCCUGUGAAUAAUUUUAUGCAUUUUAAUAUGCUAAGUAGAAUUUUUUUCCAGAAGGUUUCUGAAAUUUCUGAGCUUUUUCUCUUCCCUCCCCCCUUAAAAAAGACCACUAGGAAUAUCCCACCCCUAUCCCCUAUUUCUAACCAGAUUUUGUGGUUGCCAUCUUUCCAUUAUUCCCAUCCCACACAAUGCUUUUGAUGAAUGAUGCUAAGUACCACCACACACAAAAAGCAUUGUUUAAAGGAUAGGGUAUAAAAUGUCUAAACGAGCAAGCAAGUAUACAAACCAGAGCUUGAACAAAAAUAUUGUCUAAUUGAAUUUAAACUCUUGGUUUUUCUGGUCAGCUUUAUGAAGAACACACAAUGGGCUUGUAAGUGUUCAGUGCAUUCAAUAUUUCACUUGACAUCUGAAUGUCAAUGCCCAACGGUCAGCGGAUUUUGCAAUGCAUGUUUUCUGAAUAUGAGAAAAUGUUAUAUUCCCCUUUUGCUUCCUUUUUCCAACUGUACAGCACUAAAGUUGCAUGCAAACUAUCACUUAUUCUUAGCAGCACACAACAGUAUUGUUGACAGUCUUCCUUUGAUAGAUACCCACCCUCAUGAAGUAUUCCUGAUGAUUUUGAAUACAUAUUUUCUUUCUUCCAUUUCCCCCAGUUUGAAUUAUAUGAAAUGCAAAGUGUAGUACAAUAAGAUAUAAGACAUGAAAGAAGCACUAGAAAUAUAAUUAAAAAUUAUACAGCACAGAGCAGAUUGCAAGCACUACAGUAGUUAAUAAAAACCAUUAAGUGGUCCACCAAGACCAUCAGCAGUUUUCAAAUGGUCCAGGAGAAACCACUGCUCUAGAAAUUCCUGACGUACAUUGUGUUCUCCUCUCAAAAGGACAAAAACUAAAUUCAAUAUACAGCUGUAUUAGCGAAUCCCCUUCAACCUCUCACCCCUGCACAGAAUUGCAGAGGCACAGGACCACUAGGAGAUAUUCUGGCGGCUUUUUCAUAGUGCAUUUCUCUGAUAGACGAAGGCGAUAAUAUUAUAGCCACUUACUUAAAAAGCAGGACUUGCUGAAGUCAAGUCAUUGGGACUUCUGAGUAGACAGGUAUGGGGUAAUGUUGUGAGAGGGUUGUGUGCUUCACAUUUAGAGCAGCAGCAGGGCAGCUAAUAUUUCAUUCUGAUAGAUUGCAUCCAAUUCUAUUUUCUUGAAAACUAAUGCAAUCUUCAAAACAUUUCACCAGGUUUACCGGCAUGGCGACAGAAGCCCUCUUUCAACUUUUCCCACUAAUGUGGUCAAAGAAGAUGUCUGGCCACAAGGAUAUGGAGAGCUCACAACGGUCUGAUAAUGCUCUAAGAAAUGAAAACAUAUUUUGUUGAUUUGUUUGCCUUUAUAUAAUACUCAUUAAGAUACUAACUAUUAGUUUUAUUAUUUUAUUUAACAGAAUGGCUAUACUGCUCAAACGUCCAAAUCUCUACAAAGCUUCUGAAACUUCUGAAACGUUGUUAUUUAUUAUUUCAGGCUCCAAUAAUAGCAUUGCCCAUUUCAGUACAAUGUACACAAACAGUAAUAUAAUUUAUGUAUGGUCCACUAACCCAAAUUACAGAAUGUUAACUACACAUUUUUUUAAAAAAAAAAAAGCAAAGAGCAAUCAUAGUCUAAGGUCAAUUGCAGCAUUUAGAAAUUUUGCAACGUUCUAAUCCGUGUGCUGCGCUGGUGCUGGCUCGCCAGAGCAGCUUUGUCACGCUGGCCACGUGACCCGGAAGUGUCUCCGGACAGCGCUGGCCCCCGGCCUCUUAAGUGAGAUGGGCGCACAACCCUAGAGUCGGACACGACUGGCCCGUAAGGGCAGGGGGGUACCUUAAUCUUUUGCUGCUGUUGAGCAUGGGUUCCAUCUUCCUCACCCCAGACUGAGUCCUUAUAAACGACACUUCCUCAUGAGGUAGUGUUGUUCCAAGAAUAUUGCUGUGGGCGAGAAGGGAAAAGCCAUGCAUCAAGCAGGAUGUGGAAUGGCAACAAAACAGUGUUUAGAAGAAGAAAACCUGAUGCCACCAUCAUAAGCCCCUGCACAACGAAGAGCAGUGAACAUUUUACUCCCAGGCUGCAGAAGUUGCCAAAACACAGCUCCCACUAUCAUAGUCCGCAGUUUGGGCUGUGAAUGUAAAUGGCGUUCAUAACCCAGCUCUAGAACAGUGCCAGUGAUCUGAGAGCUACAGCCAUAUCAGCACACAUCCAUAACUUGUAACAGAAUCUGGUCCAGCCUCUUUUUUCAGUCUUGGAGACCUGCCACAAAUCUAGAUGUUAACCUUGUUCUCCUGGUGCUGCGGAAAGGAACAGGCCAAAAUCCAGAGCUUAGCUUUUUCAUGAUGGUGUAAUGUACACCCAACACCGCGAGCCUAGAAUACACAAAGUGUUCCUUUAUCCGUUGAAAUAGUCAGAAGUAGCUUGGAGGGGACGGUAAAUUGCAUCAAUGAGUUUUACAUGCAUACUUUUCCUUUUCCUUUUCCCACAGCGUGGAAUGCAGCAGCAAUACUUGUUGGGUCAACUCAUAAAGGACAGAUAUAAGCACUUCUUAAGUGAUGAAUACAAGCGAAAGGAAGCAAGUAUUGGAACUAACUUCCCCGUUUUCUCAGCAAUAGCAUUUAUACUAAUAUAAUGUUAGGGUCAAACUAUGAUAAUAAUAAUAAUAAUAAUAAUUAAAAAAAUAAAAAUAAAAUUUUAUUUAUAUCCUACCCUCCCCAGCCAAAGCCGGGCUCAGAGCGGCUAACAACAGUAAAAGUAACACAGUUUACAUAAAAUCACAAUCAAUUAAUUGAAAUACAUUCUAAAAUCAAUUCAUUCUAAAAUGCCGCUUAGCUAUGGGUGCGUUUCCCCAUGCUUGUUGGAUUGGGACAAGCAAAUAGAAGCAGAAGUGUAGUGAUUUCCACCAUGUGUUCAAAAUUUACUCAUAAUUGCAAUCCCCACAAGCCUAGCAGCAUCCGCAGUGACUUUCCAUCGCCAACCUUUCCCCUCCUUACAAUGGCUACUAUGAUCAUUGCAGCAGAGAGGGCGAGAGAAGGUGAAAGACCCUGUCUUUCCUUUCCCGUGUCCUCCUGGUUCUGUCCCUCCCCUCCCACUGGAUUUCCAGUUAGGAGAUGGGGCACAGACAGAAAAAGAAGACAGCAGUCACCAGAACAGCAACCCUGAAAGUGGGUUGGUGUGGGUAUGCAAGUUAGAUCUAAACCUCCCCCUGUGGAAAACAACCAUCUAGGAUCAAAAUAAUAAUACCAUCCUGAGCCACUCUUUCAUUUUAUCCUUCUCAGAUUUAUGUCCGAAGUACAGAUUAUGAUCGAACCAUUAUGAGUGCUCAAGCCAAUCUGGCCGGACUCUUUCCUCCUAAAGGAAACCAAAUCUGGAACAAAGAGAUCGCUUGGCAACCAAUUCCAGUUCAUACUGUGCCACGUUCAGAGGAAAGGGUAAGGAAAUGUGUGGUAUUUUUAACCUUUUCCACUCCCAGUUCAAUGGAAACAUGGCAACCUGAGAGGUGAAUAUUUCACUUAAAUAGAGAGAUAAAUAGAGAUAAGAGAGAGAGAGAGAGAGAAGUCUUGGAGUUAUGAUGCAGCGUUAGAGCUUCUAUUUGCAAAAACCAGCUGUAAAGGUAAAGGGAUCCCUGACCAUCAGGUCCAGUCGUGGCCGACUCUGGGGUUGCGGCGCUCAUCUCGCUUUAUUGGCCGAGGGAGCCGGUGUACAGCUUCCGGGUCACGUGGCCAGCAUGACUAAGCCGCUUCUGGCAAACCAGAGCUGUGCACGUAAACACCGUUUACCUUCCCACCGGAGCGUUACCUAUUUAUCUAUUUGCACUUUGACGUGCUUUCGAACUGCUAGGUUGGCAGGAGCUGGGACCAAACAACGGGAGCUCACCCCGUCACGGGGAUGCGAACUGCCGACCUUCUGAUCAGUAAGUCCUAGGCUCUGUGGUUUAACCCACAGCGCCACCCGCAUCUCUCCAAGGGCCCAUGGACCAAGGCCAUGGGCAUGGGGAAGGUAGUCUGUGACGGCACUUGGAGCUUAAAUGCACCAGCAGAAGUUACAGUGUGCAUUAAAAUCCCUGCUCGGAGGGGCACGCUUGACCCUUGCUGCAGUCACACUCAGACUCUGAGUAAGGAAAAGAAGAACGUGAAGUUUAUUGUAGAAAAUAUUUGUUGGAUACCACAGAUCCUAGGUGCAGCUGAGGUAAAUGUACAAAGAACCAUGCUUGCUCUUCCAUCUCUGCAGUAGAGCGAGAAAGGAAAAAUAACUCCUCUCAAUGGUGGGGUGAAGAAGGAGGAAGUGAGGUCAGCAGCCCUGAGAGUAUCAGUCUGAAGAAAGGUCAGCACUGAAAGUCUAGCAAGCAUGGAGGCUCUACUUUCUAUCUCCAUGCAAACCCACCAAGCCUUUAGCACAAGCCGCCCCUGACCAAGGCAACUUUUUGCAACAGAAAAAGUGGGAGUUGUAAUCCCACGCUACUGACUGGUUGCUCUUCAAGCAUCUUCCCACUAAUAAUCUGAAUUUAGGAUGGACAUGUGUAUUAUACACAGGCAGAUGACAAUAUGAGGAGGUCUUUUUAGCUGAUAUGUUUCAUUUCAUUUCAUUAGUUGUUGCAUUAUCCUGUUCACGCUCCAUGUCCAAAGUUUGGUCAGCUUCUAAAGGAAACUUUUGGAUCCAAAACAGUCCAGGAAAAACUGAAAAAUCAAAUGGUAAGAAAUGGAAAGGGAAAAUCUUAUGGCUGCAAUCCAUGCGAGUAAAUCCCACUGAAAUCUAUAGUGCUUACUUCUGAGUAGACAUACCUCAGAAUGUGCUGGGAAUGUCUGAUAAGACAGCCAAAUGCUCUUUUGUUCCUUUCCUCCUAUCCUCUCUGAAGUGGAACAAUAAAAUUCAGGACAGAUGUAGAAAUGUCCAGUCACAGGCAGCCCACUAAUAAGAAACUCCCCAUUUGCAUGGGGGUUGCGUUCCUGGCGCCCAUGCGCAUUGCUGGAGCAUGCAUAAGCCCACCCCACCUCAUUAAACCCCAUUAUGCCCACACUCCCACCCCCGUUCCAUUCCCUCUUCUGGCCACAAGAUCCGCAACAAUGAGUGUGUGCACAGAGGUGAAUCAAUCGGACACACGUAAAAUGGUCGCUGUCUGUACUAUUUCACAGAUGUGGAACACUGAGACUGGUGUCACUAUCACCAGUUGUCAGGAGCACUUUUCUUUCAAAGCAGCCAGUAAUUUCCUUUGACCACCUGUUCCCACCUGUGAUAAGGAGGACUGCAGAGAUAAGAUGGGCUUUGGCUGAAUGUGGAUUUUUCCAGCUUGUGGUAGCAUCCCACCUGGAAGUAGUAAGAGGUUGGAAGUGUCCGUAUUGGCAACUUCAAGUUGACUGGAGCUCAACAAACCCACCAUUCAUAUCCUAUGUCUCCAAGGCAAUCUAAAUCUUUCCCAUCUCGCAGUCGAAAUGACCAUUGCGUGGGUCUGCCUUUGAAGGCUCUUCCGAAGCUGUAACCUGACUGGUGCAGAACAAUGGCGGUCAAUUUUAUUUCUGCUGCUGUCUUCAGGGGCCAUUGAGCAUGCUCAAAAGCACUCUGGUUGCCUAUUAACGUCUUUGUUAUGUACUGAGUUGAAUAGGAUCCAAAAUGCAGCAGUCUGAUUGGUCCUAGAACAAUAGGAUUCAGAAUGCAGCAGUCUGAUUGGUCCUAGAACAAUGCAGCAGUAUGAUUGGUCCACAGGAGCCACCCUAUCCAGCUCCAGGCGGAAGUGAAUCCGCAACCUGAUUGGCCUACAGGAGAAUCCCGGAAUUAACCAAUCACGUGCAGCCCAUUUUGUAAAUAAUGUAUAUAAAGCAGAUAUUUGGGGAGAACUUUCAUUCCUCAGGACUAUGAGCUGAAUAAAGAGCAUGAAAUCCACACUCGACUCUGAGUAUAUUUCAAUCUUGUUUGCCAAUAGCUUUCAAUCCCCUUGUGCUCCUUAAGAUCAAGCUCUGAAAGCCCACCAUUUAAUUCUGUCCUCUAAGAUUGGGGGCUACUGCAGCACCCCCCACAUUAUGGAACUGGCAGGGCAAAACUCUGCCCCAUUAAAAAAUGGCAGUCACUGCAGGAUCAGGCCCUACCAUUCAUUUGCACUUACUGGUUCAUUAAUCCUUCUGCUCUUUAUCUUUCAGCCAUUUCUAGGUCAAUUAGCAUCUAGCCUGGGAUACGAUAUGAAGGCUCUUCUGGAUUUUAAGAGUCACAAACUCUGGAAUGCGUACGAUGCUUUACUUGUUCAGGUAAUUUCUAGUAAACCUAUAUGAAACUCAUUCAUCCCCAACAAAACAGACCAAGGGGUUUAGGACGAGGUCAGGUGGCACAUGGCAGAUAAAAGCCACACUUGUGGCAAGGUCAUUAACGAUCCUGCUUUCAAUAUUAUUUGUGCUGGAGGCUGUUGUAACCAUAGUAGCAGAAGCUGCAGUGGUCCUUGCUAGCUAGGGGUGAUAGAAGUUGUAGUUCAACAACAUCUGGGGACCCACAGGUUGAGAAAGGCUGGUACACACACACAAAACCACACACACACCUCUCUAUGCUCCAUAUAAGAGACAUUAUCAGAAAUCAAAGACACAUUUCAGCCAAGCUAAAACACCCCUUUAGUUAGGCAGAGACCUAUUCUCCCCCCCACAAAAAAGGGGAACUUCUAGACUGAGUUCAUCAACCCAGUUGGGACUGUGUGUUUUUUUUCUUUAACUGCCAUAGACAUGGGGCUGGGAGAGGAGACCUCAAAAACCUAUGUAGUCUAAUUCUAAUCCUACAAUUGUGGAAAUUUAUUUAGACCAAAUCCCUCUCAUUGUAAUAUUGGUUUUAUUAGCUGGCUGUGAGCCAUUUUGUGUGGGCCCCAAUGUGGCAUGGAAUGGGUUUUCCUAUACAGAAACAUGAAGGUCUGUGAAACAACAGAACAGAUGAGAGUGAGAGAGCAAAGGCAUGGCUGAUAGAUGAAUCACCACCCGCUUUUAUUUCUUUUCAACUGUAGAAAAAACAUAAGCAGCCAUUACCAGCCUGGGCUACUGACGAAGUCAUGGACAAUUUGGAAGAUCUUUUGGCAUUUUCCUUAAAUGCAAUGUUUGGGAUACACGAAAGAGAAAAGAAAUCACGACUACAAGGAGGUAAGAAAAAGCAAAACAAAGCCCACAUCUUUCUAUAUGGCAUGCAUAUUAUCUAAAGGAAGAGCAACUAACUUAUCUUGGUUCAAGGGCUGCAUUGAAGGCUGGACACUCAGAGAGAACAAGUGCUGCGUGCCUCAUGUGUAGACACAAAGGAUGGAUCUAGACUCAUUAACAAACGUUUCAGGAAAACGUAUUAUAAAGCUUAUAGUGAGAAGUCAUGUUGCCAAAGGGUCCAACUCUACAGCGCCAUCUGGUGUCCCAAUGUUAUAGUGCAUUUAAAACACUUCCGGGGGCCACUAGGGGGCGCAUCGGAAGAUGGCUGACAAUAACAUCUCUCCGACCCACACGAGGUAAUUUGGAGGCUAUGAUGGGAGUAAAUUAGCCUCCCUAACCCCCCCAGGACGGUGGGGGGGACUGCCUUUGCCUGUUGUGCCCUAUACCACCCCCGAACUUGUGGGGAUGGGGGCACUAGGCACAAAGCCCUCCUGUGGGAUUCCGGCACUCCUGGACGCCGUCCCUGAUUUGCGCCACUAGCUGCAAGAACUUCAAAAGAAAACAAUUUGAAUGAAGGACUGCACAUCUUUCAAGGAAGGAGGGAGUAAAGACUGCUAUAGAAGAGAUCUCUGAUAAAACAAGACAAGAAUAAAACAUGAGAAGAUACGCCAAGACACGGUAUGGCAAAUGACUGAUGGGGAAGGGGAAAAACUUUCCUUUCUUUUCUUAUGUGAUUAACAAGAAUCCCCUCCCCUCACGAGUCACGAGUCAGAAAUGUCGUUUUAAGGACUUAAGCUGUGGAUUUAAGGCUGUGUGGAGAUAAACUUUCGAACCAAAGCAUGUUUUAAGAAGAGCGAGGAAUGUAUAAGAGCUUGGGAAUGACGCAGUUAAAAAUGCCGUCGCCAUAUUGGGAAGUUCUGUCGGAGGUCUUGAGUCUGGGAGGAGAAAGAGAGAAAUAGAGCUGUUUAUAUAUUGUGGGUGAAACUCCUCAGAGGGACUUAAGAGCGACAGCUUUGCGAGAUGGAAAGAGCGAUGUUAUCUAUGAAGGCAAUGAUAUAUGGAAACCAUCUCUAUUUGAGGAAUAGAAGAACGGAAAAUUCACACAGGAUUAUUAUUAGUAUUGGUGUUUAUCGGCUUAAGGAGACUAUCAGAAGAGAUCAUAAAGAAAAAAGAGAAAAUAUAUAAACAAGAUGUGAUGUGGAAACAGCAAGAUAAGACUGGAUAGAAUUAUGAACUCUGUUUGGACUGAUUUGGACAUUAACGCAGUAGCAAGAAGAUGAUCAGAAUCCCCCUUCGGAUCUUGAAAUAUGGGUCCCCCCAACAAAAUUUAAAAUUUGGCUUUGUAAUUCGGAAUUUAUGUGAUGUGAUUUAAUUUGAUUUGAUUGGCCGGUUAAUAAAAAUUAUUUAAAAAAUUAAAUAAAUAAAACACUUCCUUCCGUUGCUAAUGUAGCUGAGUCCGAAGUCACAUUCCUAUGUGUAUAUAGACCAACUCAGCACCCAUAUUGUAUACCCGUCAACUGUCCCAAUUGAAUUGGGAGUAUUACUAGAAUGUUAGAACUUCUCUGCCCCAGCUGAAAACAAAGUCUUUGCCAAUUUACUUUAACAAUUGGUUAAAGAUAGAAGGGCUUCUUGGUUUCACCAGCAUUUGUAUUCCUUUCCGUCACCAUUAAGGUCUCCUUGUGAAAGAUAUUUUGAAUAAGAUGACAGAGGCUACUGAGUCCACUGAUGGAAGAAAAAUGUUAAUGUAUUCAGCCGUAAGUAUGAACAUUUUAAAUUGACCAAACCUUCUGUAGCUCGCAUUCUCCUGCUACUUUUUGGCUCCCCUCUUUAAGCAGACUAUUUGGAAAUGUGCUUUGUCUACUCAAGUAACAUUAUUUUUCUCCCUUUUAUAGCAUGAUACCACAAUAGUUGCUCUCCAAGUAGCACUCAAUGUUUUCGACGUAAAGCUACCUCCAUACGCCGCCUGCCUAUUUUUUGAGCUAUAUAAAGAAGACAGUGGGUAAAUAUGAACUUGUAUAUUCAAUAAUUAUCAGUGAUUUAUUGGGUAAGCAUCUGCAAAUUCACUCAUCUUCUCAAACACAGUAUUUCUUCUCACAAUUCCUGCACUGCUGAAAUGGGUCAAAAAUCAGUUGCGUUCCCUCUGCGUUUGAGCUUGAUGUCUGGCUGUUCAAAAUGCUAUUGAAAAAUUAUUUCAUAGCUGAGUGGCUGAGGUGUGCAUACCUUUGAAAGACAGAAAGGGGUUGAAAGGGUUGAGUCACACUUUGUGCCAAAUCUACAAUAUUGAUCAUUGAUGCAGAGCUGAGAAAUCCCAAUUAAAUCAUAAUUACUUGAAACAGCAGGUUAGAAUUGGGCAACAAUGAAAAGGUGUCAUGGGCCUCCCAAAUGAAAGACUGAGAGAUGCUCAAGAGAGGUUGUCUACCCACUUUUUCCUAACUUUUCUCGAUUAUUAAAGAAAAACAAGACUAAAUUCCACAAAAUAUCCAAUUUCAUGAAAGGAUUUCUUAAACCACAUCCAAAACAAUAGUGCAAUUCUAGUCACACUUAAUGGGUCAUAAGCCCCACUGGGACUCACCUCUGAGACAACAUGUGUAUGAUUAUGCCUCAACGCACUUAAUAGAGAAGAAUCCCAACUGAACGCAAUGAAAUUUACUUCUAAGCAACUAUGCCCAUAAUUGCACUGCCUGAAGGCUACAUUCCUGGGCAGAAUUCAACAAGGGCUGCCUGUAGGCAUGAAAUCCUUUGCAGGCUUACUUCAGAAUAAACCCCAUUGAUAUCUGUGGGACAUAUUUCUAAAUAUAUAUGCAUGAAAUAAAUUGAACAACCAGGCAGCUUGCGACAAAGGGCUGGUUUUGCUUCUUUAAGUAAAUCCCAUCAAGAUGAUUAGCAUUCAGUCGAGAAAAUCAGCAACUUGUCUUGAGCCUUCCGUGGUUACCAAUACAGAAGUCCACCCAUCUUAUCAGAAGACUUCUCAGAUCAGUUCUUAUGAAAUGGAAGUGAGGCCUGGGUGAUAUAUGGCUGCAUCUUGUAGAAAUGACUUCUUUCUUUGGCGAUCACUCAUAGCCGAGUAAGAUUGUCUUACAUAAACACGGUUUUAACAAUGAAACCACAAGUGACUGUGGAGGCCAAUUCUGGAUGCACAUGUCCUUCCACAGUGGGGACAUUGGUUUCCAGGCGGGAAUUGAUCACGGUGUGGAUUUGCCAAGCAUGCCUUCCUCCUAGCAUGUUUCUCCCUUGCGUCCUGAGUUCAAGUGUCUUCAAAGGCCACGACACCUUUGGUAAAGGCUGUUCUCCAACUGGAGCGCUUGCAGGCCAGUGUUUCCCAGUUGUCAGUGUUUAUACUACAUUUUUUUAGAUUUGCCUUGAGACAGUCUUUAAACCUCUUUUGUUGGCCACCAGCAUUACGCUUUCCAUUUUUAAGUUUGGAAUAGAGUAGUUGCUUUGGAAGACGAUCAUCAGGCAUCCGCACAACAUAAUGCUCUUAAUGACCUACACUUCUUCUUUUCAGUGAGUUCACCAUUGAGAUGCACUAUCGGGCCCAAAAAAAUCUUCCACCCCAUGCUCUUGUUUUGCCGGGCUGUGAAGCGGCUUGCCCCUUGCAGAAGUUUAAAGAACUGGUUUCUCCUGUCAUACCAGAGGACUGGCAAGCAGAAUGUAAUUCUUAA